UUGCCGAUGACAACCGUUCUCAUGAUCAGGAGCUUACAAGGUUGAACGCCUUAAUAAGAGACAUGUCCUCAAAAAUGCAUCGGGCCACUACCGCGGCGCCGGAACUAGAAAAGGUUUUGGAAGAAACACAACGCUCGCCGUUCACAGCGCGCCUCUCGGCUGUCCAUGUUCGUUAUGUUAACAAAGUUAAACUGGUCCCAUACAACGGCUUCACCGACCCGAAAAUCUUCCUCAAGUCGAUGUGCAUCGCCAUCAAUCGCGCGCAUUUCACCGUCGAAGAAAGCGACGCUGGGAUUAACUCAAUCAAUUACUAUCGCGAACUAACAGCCGUUUUCCAACAGCACCACUCGGUUUUCAUGAUCAAGGAAGCCAUGAACGCCGAUCUUUGGACCAUGUCUCAGAAAGAGAGCGAACCGCUUAGAACAUUUAUUGAGAGGUUCAAGAAGGUUGUGUCUAACAUAGCCAUUACCGAUGAUGCGGCAAUCGGAGCCCUUCAAAAUGCGUUAUUGUUCAGGUCACGGUUCAGGGAAGACCUUAUUAUCGCUCGGCCCUCUACACUGGACGAUGCUCUACACCGAGCCAACCGUUAUAUCGAGAUCGAAGAAGAGAAGGCCGCAUUGGUGGACCACCAACCGAAAGCAUCUAACUUGAAGGACAAAGCUCGCGAAGACCACUAUGAACCUCGACAGCAUUAUGAUCGCGAAUAUGCUAAGAACGAUAAAGGAAAGAAAAACUCGUCGUUCGCCAUCAACGGCCAGGACCCGAAAUCAAACACCCCUUGGAACAAGUAUUACCGCGACACUGACUCGAAACGUUCUUAUUGCGAAUUUCAUAAAUUCGCGGGUCAUUCCACCGAUGAUUGCCGGCAACUUCAGCUCUUGCUACUUUCUAAGUUCAAAAACGGUAGCAUCGAAGUCGAGCAUGAUCAACGCAAACGCAACGAUAGAGAGCGCAAUGAAGAGCCCAAUCAAUUAGAGCAGGCACGUAGAGCCAUCCAAAAGCUGCCUGGCCCCCCUAAGAGGAAUCACGACGCGCCACGGCAGGACGACCCACUUGUCCCUCGGCGGAAAAUUCACAUGAUAAUGGGCGGCCUAACAAUUUGUCAGGAUUCCGUCCGUUCAAUCAAGAAUUAUCGACGCCAAGCAGAAGUGCAGCGAGAUUGGAUUGCCAGCAGCACGCCAGCCUUUGCCAAUACCGACCCGAUCACGUUCACUGAAGCCGAUGCGUCCAGCCUCACGGGGCCGCAUAACGAUCCAUUAGUCGUCGAAUUAAUGAUCGGGGAAAGUACUGUCACCAAGGUGCUUAUUGACACAUGCAGCUCAGUCAAUGUUAUUUUCAAAGAUGUUCUAAUACAAAUGGAGGUGGAUCUACGCACGGCUGAACAAGACGUUCAACCACUAACUGGAUUUGACGGAGACACGGUGAUAACGGUUGAAACCAUUAUGCUUCCCAUUUACGUUGGCGGUGCGAUGAAUUGCUUCAACUUUGCUAUCGUCGAUAAACCUAUCAUCUACAACGUUACUUGGUACACCUUGGCUGCACAAAAUGAGGGCCUUCGCCUCGACUUACCAUCAAUGUGUUAA